AUGCUGCUGGAUGGUUCCUCACCCCUCUCGGGAUAUAGCAAACUCUUGUUCCUGGCCUUAGCUGUCCUUGUGGUCCUGACUCAGGCUUCCCCAGAUGGAUGGGCCAGAAAGUGUGGUUAUGGAACUGGCAGGUGCAGGAAGCAUUGCAAAGAAAAUGAGAAGAAGAAAGAAAAAUGUGGGUUAAGAAAGCUUUGCUGCAUCCCAGCAAAGCAUAAACCAUCAGAACCUGCCAAGAAAGAAGAGAUGACCUACAGGGCUAUGGCAACACAGCUGGAGUAUCUGAAGCUGGUGCUCACCCACUAG